AAAAAAACAAUGAAACAUCUUUGAAAGUACAAAGUUAUAACGGACGAUCGGCAUUGGUGGUGUCGCAACCAAAAUGGCGCGUUUAAGGUUCCCAGGUCGACCUGUUCAACGGCGUGGACGUUCUUGGAUGAAAUAUCACCAAGAAGAAACGUCACUAAGUAACGAACAACCAUUAAAAACAGCUAAUAUAGAACGAAAAUGGAAAUUAUUUUACGAGAUAUUUGGCCAUUCGGACGAGGAUGAAGAAUUUGAAGGCUUUCCUGUCCAAGAUGAGAAAACAAGGAAUGCUGUUUUAAAUAGAAGGAAAGAAUUAAAUUCAAUAGAUAUUUAUACAGAUUCUUCUGUUUUUCAUAUUCCAGUUCGUAAAAAUAAGUUACUUGAAUACAACAGUCUUUCAUCAACUGAUAUAUACCAAUCCACUGAUACAUCCAAAGAACAAACUUUUUCUUCUUCAUUGUCACAAUUUCAAAAAGAUGACACAUCUAAAAGAUAUAGAACUCAAAAUUCAAUAAGUGAUAACUUUUCACAUCAGUAUAAAAGUAGAGGAACCUUAUCCAAAACUAUAGCUCGCCUAAAAGCAUCAGCAGAUGUUGCAGGUAGAUUAGUUUCUUGUCAGCGAGGAGAACUCUGUACAAUCCCUGAUUGUGAAAUACAUAAUGUUUCAGAAAAUGGAGAUCAUACAAAUUCUACUUGUGUUGAAACUAUAAAUACUUCAGUUACUAAAUAUUUGUUAAAUUCUAAAGAGAAAAAUUCUGAAAUUCCUUUAAAGAAAAGGACUGAAUUAUAUAGAGAAAAUAAAGAAGUUAAUCUUUCUCCCACUGUCAUUAAAGAACAGGCAGAAUCUGAAAAAUAUUUGUUGGCAUCAUCAAAUUCUCCAGUAUCCUCAACAGCACAUCAAAAUUUUACAAAUAUUGUGAAUCAAAAUGACAGUAUAGUUGGAAAAACUUUGACAUUAAAUUCAGUUAGUGAAACUAAAGUUGAUAACAAUAAUUCAGAUAAUAAAUGUGAAACUUCUGACAUGCAAAAGAUUGAUAAAAAAAUUUCUUCAGAAAUGGCAAAUGCUGUCAAUAUAUCAGAAUUAAAUGAAUGCAAGAAUGACCACAUAUCUGUUAAUUCAGAUGAAAAGACACUUUCAAAAAGACAGGUGUAUAAUCAAAGUUCUGAUGAACAUUUGCCAAAAAAGAGAAAACUAAAACUAAAUAAUACAAUUAUUACAAAUGAAACUCCAAAUAAUAUAAAUGAAAAUACACAGUCUGAAAAAUCUCACAAAAAUAUUAAUCCUAAUGAAAAUUUAUUGGGUGAGUCAGUUUCAUCUAGUCAAUCAAAAGUAAUAGACGAAAUACCAGUUUCAAAAUCUAACACUGAAGAACAAGUGGAAAUUUCAUCAGUAAACUGCACAACUCCGUACUGUUUGUCAGAUUCAGGAAGAAACUCUAAACUUAGUUCUUCUUGUUCAAUUGAAGAACUAAUUAAACGUAAAAUGGUAAGUAGAUAUGCUGAUAUAAUGGCCACUAAAUCAAAGGAUAAAUUUUAUUCAGAAAAUGUGAAGGCAUUGUCUGCAACAAAAUCAGAAAAUAUUAUUCAGUUUCAUAAAACUGGAAAAUUAGAAAAAGUGGCUUCAAAAAUAGAAAAAAUUUUAAAGUCUCAAUGGGAAGGAAGAAUAAACACUGAUUCUUCAAUUCCUACAUUAUUUACUUCAUCGUCAUAUAAGAAGAAUAACCAACAGUGUUUGUUUUCUCAAAAUAGAACUCGAAAUAUUUUGUGCAAACCUCGCUUACAGUUAAAUCAUCAGAAGCUUUUAGAUCUCCACAAACCUGAAAGUGUUAAAAAACUUAAUGAACAAUUUAAAAAAUGUGAUGGCAAUACACAAUCUCUAGUUAAAUUUCCUUUCUCUACAACUAAAACAAAAGUUGCUACUCCUCCGCCACCAGCACCACCACCACCACCACCACCACCUCCAGCUCCAACACCACCACCACCACCUCCACCUCCAAAGGCAACUAAACCAGCUGAAGAAGAUACAUCUGGAAGAAAAGAUCGACCUGGAGCAGCAGUUGACUCAACACCUGUAACCCAAACAGGAUGUGUCCGAUUUGGUCAGCCAGGAACUAUAACGUGUGCUGUGUGUCGUCAAGUCAAGUAUUAUUCACAUGUUCAAAGAAGGUUUAGACAAUUUAGUUGUGAGCCAUGUGGAAAGUUUUUUGCACGUUUUGUGAGGAAUCCAAGGCAUUAUUUUUGCCCUAAUGGAGGAACAUGUGUUAUUGCAUCAACUGGUUCAGAUUCUUCUGAAAAUAAAUGGGUUACUCCAAGUUCACGUUGUAAAGCAUGUUGGUUAAAAAUAUGCCUAGAGAAAUUUGUUGUACCUUCUCAUUUACAAGAACAACUUGUAGAUUUUUUUCCAACAUUAGAUGCAUCAAAUGCAUCAGAUUCAACUGUAAAUAAUCACAUUACAAAUCAGGAAGGAACUAAAGAAACUACAAAUAAAAGUAAAGGUAAUUGUAAUUCAGUUCAAGAAACAAAUUGUUUGAUGCAAUCUGAAAAACCAGCACCUGUGGAAAUAAAACAAAAUUCAAGAGCAGUUUGUCAGAAGAAAAUUAAAAGAACAAAAUUAGUAACUAAAACAGAAAAUCAAAAAGGGAAAAAAUGCAGGAAGACAAAAGACAAAAAUUUGAAAGAUAAUACAAGAUGCAUAAGACGAGGUCCAAGAAUCAAACAUGUUUGUCGAAGAGCUGCUGUAGUAUUAGGUAUUCCAAAAGCAACAUUUCCUACAUCAAAAGAAAAGAAUGUUAAUCAAAAUCAGAAUACCUCAUUAGAGCAGAAACAAACCAAUGUAGAAAGUGAAUCAGAGAAACAAAAUAGCCUUCCUUCAGAAUUUUCACCUUCAAAUGAUUUAAGUUGUAAUGACGGUAAAGUAAAAGGUAUUUUAAAAUCUGCACAAGAUUUAAAAGACAAAGAUUCCAAUAUAGAAACUGUGAAUAACAAUUUGCAAUUAGAUGAGAGAAAAGAAAAGUGCCAUUUUUCUGAAGAAAACUCAGAAGGCCAGAAACUUAGUACAGAAUGAUUUAUUUUCUUUUGAAGAAUAUGGCAUAUGUCUUAUUGCCAAUUUGUAUGCUGUCACUACAUUAGGUGUGAUGAUAAUGAAAGUUCCCCACACUAUAUUCAUUUGAAAGGUAGCAGUUAACUUCAAGAUUUCAGCUAACUGAAGGUUAUAGAAUUGCUCUUUAAGAAAAUGUUUGGAUUGAGGAUGGAAAAACAGGAGCAGCAGUACUCUCUCCCAUCCAUGACACCCAUGGCAUCUCCCUCUGACAGCUUUGCUACUAUAAAUAAUCUUUGUUUACUUAAUAAGGUAAUUUUCUUGAAAUUUUAUUUUAUUUUUUUAUAUUGUUAUCAUUUUUAUGUUCAAAAUACUUCUUAAUGUAAUUAUAAAAGUACAGCAGAAUAUAGUUUAUCUGAAAGUCGGUUAUCCGAAACGUCAGU